UCCCGGGGAGGCUGGAGCGCGCUCCGCAGCACCUGGGAGAGCCUGACCGGCCGGUGGUGGACUCCCCAGGGCGGGCCCCCCUUUGCUCUCUCGCACCUCAAGUUCUUGCAGUCGGUGGGACAGCGCUGCCGCUGACCAUGCCGUCUUUCCUGGAAGAGAAGUCGGCUCUCCUGUCGCUGUCACCCACCGACUCCCCGUCUCCCGUCCUGAGCCACCCAGAGCAGGUUGACGCCCCUGGCGGGCCAGCCCUGGAGAGAUGAGAGGUGGCCUUUAGGUGCCCCCUGAACGGCUUUAACAGACCGGAAUCCUCCAGGGCCCUUGUCGUUUUUCAAAUUGGAAGUUUGGUUAAGACACAAACUGGUUGCCCGUGUUCAGUCACCCACAUGACCUCUCCCCUACCCCAGGUUGGGGUGAGAAACAGGACCUCUCUCUGAAGUCUUAGGGAGGGGCGUGUGCAGUAUGUUCUUGUUCUCUCUUCCCCCUCCAUGUCUCCAAAGCCGUGAGCUGAAGUGUGUGAAGUGCUCGGAAGGCCUGCCCGUGGUGGUGAUCCGAGCAGGGGACGCCUUCUGCAGGGACUGUUUCAAGGCGUUCUACGUCCACAAGUUCAGAGCUGUGCUUGGGAAGAACCGGCUGAUCUUUCCAGGAGAGAAGGUGCUCCUGGCGUGGUCUGGGGGGCCUUCGUCUAGCUCCAUGAUCUGGCAGGUCCUUGAGGGCCUGAGUCGAGAUUCUGCCAAAAGACUGCGUUUUGUGCCAGGGGUUGUCUACGUUGAUGAGGGAGCAGCCUGUGGACAGAGCCCGGAGGACAGAGCCAAAACCCUAGCCGAGAUGAAGCUGAUCCUGCAGACAGUUGGUUUUCCCUGGCACAUUGUGGCCUUAGAAGAGGUGUUCGGCCUGCCGCCGUCCGUGCUUCGCCACCUUGCCCAGGAGCCCUCGGGGACCAAGGGGGCCUAUAAGGCAGCUGUGGACAGUUUCCUCCAGCAGCAGCACACACCCGCCCAAGGGGAGGAGCAGCUGAGCCAGCCUGGCUCCCAGGACCCCCAGAGCCCAGCUGGGCUACCCACAGCUGCCCAGACCGAGGCCCAGGCACCCACAGCUGCCCAGACCGAGGCUCAGCCACCCACAGCUGCCCAGACCGAGGCCCAGGCACCCACAGCUGCCCAGACCGAGGCUCAGCCACCCACAGCUGCCCAGACCGAGGCCCAGGCACCCACAGCUGCCCAGACCGAGGCUUUAUCUAGACUCUUCGACUCAGUGAAGACACUGACAGCCAAGCAGGAGCUUCUUCAGACCCUGCGAACGCACUUGAUUCUGCACGUGGCCCGGACCCAUGGCUACUCCAAGGUGAUGACGGGAGACAGCUGUACUCGCCUGGCCAUCAAGCUCAUGACUAGCCUGGCGCUGGGGAGAGGGGCCUUCCUGGCCUGGGACACGGGCUUCUCUGACGAGAGGCAUGGUGACGUGGUGGUGGUGCGGCCCAUGCGCGACCACACACUGAAGGAGGUCGCCUUCUACAACCGCCUGUUUGCUGUGCCCUCUGUCUUCACACCAGCUAUCGACACCAAGGCCCCUGAGAAGUCCAGCAUCCACCGGCUUAUGGAAGCCUUCAUGCUCAGGCUGCAGGCCCAGUUCCCCUCCACAGUCAGCACUGUGUACAGGACGAGUGAGAAGCUGGUCAAGGCCCCAAGGGAUGGCAAUGCUGGUGGCCCCCCAGACCCCCGCUGCCUGCUCUGCAUGUGUGCACUGGACAUCGACACUGCUGAUAGUGCCACGGCUUUUGGGGCCCAGACCUCACAUCUCUCCCAGAUGCAGCCCCCCACCGCACCAGCUGAGGCACCCACAACACCCUGCUGCUCUGCAGGGGUGGGCAGGGCCCAGGGCUGUUGCCGGGGGGCUGGGCCCUGCGGGAGGGAGGACCCCCGAGCCAGUGUCAUCGAGCAGCUAUGCUACGGGUGCCGUGUGAACAUGAAGGACUUGCCUUCCUUGGACCCCCUGCCACCCUACAUCCUGACUGAGGCCCAGCUCCGUAGCCAGAGGGCCUCGGUCUUGCAGGAGAUACAGGAGUAUCUGAUUGACAGUGAUGAUGAGGCGCAGACCGGUGAGAGCUGAGCCUCAGGAUGGACCCCGGGACCACCCCGCCUGGACCUCUGCCAUGCUGGAGCAGGACACAGGGAUGGGCAGGCAGCGUGCUGUCAUCCGUUCGUAUAAAUAAAAGUUUUAAUUAAAAAAA